AUGGGAAUUCUGAUAAUCACCACUUUGGGUACUCUUAUUUAUUACUUUAGGAGAAAGCUCAAAAACAAAGGAAAGGAUUUGAUGCUAUUUGAUUUCAGUAAUGAAGUAAAUAAGCUUGGGAAAAAUAGUAAAAAGGAAGUUGAACUACCAUUAUUCAGUUUCGCAAGUGUCUCUGCAGCAACAAAUAAUUUCUCAGACUCAAAUUUCUCAGUCUACAAGGGAGUAUUACUAAAAGGAGAUGAGAUAGCUGUGAAAAGGCUUUCAAGAGGAUCUGGGCAAGGAUUGGAAGAGUUAAAAAAUGCAGCACUUGUCAUAGCCAAGAUUCAACACAAGAAUCUUGUUAGACUUUUGGGCUGCUGCAUCCUUAAAGAUGAGAAGAUUUUGAUCUACGAAUACAUGCCUAAUAAAAGCUUAGACAUGUGCCUCGUUGAUUCAACUAAGUGUAGGUUAUUAGAUUGGGGAAUAUGUGUUCGGAUCAUUCAAGGGAUUGCUCAAGGACUUAUUUAUCUUCAUCAAUAUUCAAGAGUUCGAAUUAUUCACAGAGAUCUUAAGGAGGGUAAUAUUUUGUUAGAUAAAAAUAUGAAUCUUAAAAUAUCAGAUUUUGGUAUGGCAAGAAUUUUUGGAGAAAACGAGUUACAAGUUAACACCCAGAGGAUCGUUGAGACUUAUGGAUAUGUAUCCCCAGAAUAUGCCCGUGAAGGAGUAAUCUCUGUCAAAUCUGAUGUCUUCAGCUUUGGGGUAUUGCUUCUGGAGAUUGUGAGCGGCAAGAAAAACAAUGAGUUUCAUCACACGCCCUUUCUCACUCUCCUUGGUUAUAUUAAUUGUUUUAUUUAUGGUGACUCCGAGAUCAUCUGCUAAUAAGCCAGAAAAAUGUUGUAUCAUUUGAAGUAACAGCUUCAGUUUUGGUAGCCAGGUGGCUGUGAAGAUUGAUUCCCACUUUCACUAAAUCUCUUUAGUUCAAAUGGGUGUACGUAAUUGGUCUUAUUAAGAGGUACAUUUGGAUGUUGUUUUGGUCAGCUACGGUGACUUGAAGCAUGUCAUUGCGUUACUUUAACAUUAUUAACUUGUCAAUCAUCAUUUUGCCCCUUAUAGUUUCUUCUAAAUUUUCAGUUACAACCGUUAAAAUAUUUAACCCCCUCAAGUUGGACCUCUUACAUUUACUCUUCAAA